UAGUGAAUGAUGGGUCCGGGGAGACCAGAUAUAGUGAAUGCAGGGUUCGGGGAGACCAGAUAUAGUGAAUGCAGGGUCCGGGGAGACCAGAUAGAGUGAAUGCAGGGUCCUGGGAGACCGGAUAUAGUGAAUGCAGGGUCCAGGGAGAGCAGAUAUAGUGAAUGCAGGGUCCGGGCAGAGCAGAUAUAAUUAUAAUAGAUGCAGAACAAUGGAAAGAAGAAGAAAAGCUGUGUGCAAUUUUACCCUCUUGACAGAAAAGCCCCUCUGAGCAGACAAGGCAGCUGCCUCUGUGGCCUUG